GCGUUGAGCUGUUGAGGCCAUCUCUUUUUGUUGCUUGUUGACUGUACACAACAGCUGAGCAGUUUUGGCAUACUUUUCCAAUGUACAUUAUAUUGAACCUUUUAACCGUUUGCGGAAGAGACUCUUUUUUUUAAAAAUGUGUUGCCGUCACAAAUGUUGUUUAACUAGCUAGCAUAGAUACGCGUUAGCUGGUUAGCAACGGUCAGUUUUAAUACAGUCGAUGAACUUAAAUCUCUGUAGACAUCGAGGACAGAUGGACUAAGGUUACUAAACACACCGAGAGAAUUUAACUUAAUGGUCAAUAUGAUUAAGUGUUUGCCCAGAGAGGUUCAGGGGAAGCUUCGCUCCGGUGUUGCCAUCCCUUCACUUCAACAGUGCAUAGAGGAGCUCCUUCUGAACAGCAUCGACGCCGGGGCGACCUGCGUGGGGGUACGGAUGGACAUGGAGGCACUUAAAGUUCAGGUAAUCGACAACGGCGCUGGCAUGAGCGCCGAAGACAUGGAGUGUGUGGGAAAUAGAUACCACACGAGCAAAUGUAGCUCUGUUAAAGACCUGGACGACCUCAGGUGGUACGGCUUCAGAGGAGAGGCUCUGGCGAGCAUAGUUUCUAUGGCUACGCUUGUUGAAAUCUCAUCCCGGACCAGAUCAUCAGUGAAAACGCACGUCAAGAUAUUCAAGGAUGGCCAGGGCUUGGAGGUCUUCGAGGCAGAGACUGUUCGACCCUCUGCUGGGACCACUGUUAUAAUUUGCAACUUCUUCCACAACAUGCCAGUCCGGAGGAAAAGGGUUGACGCUGUCCUGGAGGGUGAGAGGAUCAGACACAGAGUGGAGGCUAUUUCCUUGAUGCACCCAUCUGUGUCCUUCACCCUGAAGAAUGACUGCACGGGGGCCAUGCUGGUGCAGCUCCCUAAAGCCAGGAACACGUACCACAGGUUCAUCCAGAUACACAGCCUUGGCCGAGCAGAGAAACUUGGAGAAAUCAGCUACACACACAGGCAGUUUGAAGUGGCCGGCUACCUCGGCAAAGAGGGCCACUACAAUAACAGCUUGCAGUUCCUGUAUGUUAACGAAAGACUGCUGCUGAAAACCCGCAUCCACAAGCUCCUGAACUUUCUCCUGCGCAGACUGAGCGGCUCAAACCAGAAAAGUGACAGCCCUGAUGGGCAGUCUGUCAUCAGGAGUCCAAAACACAAACGAAGCCAAGAGCUAUGUGGUGUAUACGUCCUCAAUAUCAAGUGCUCUUACUCAGAAUAUGACAUCUGCCUUGAGCCUGCCAAAACUCUAAUAGAGUUCAAAGACUGGGAUGGCAUUUUGGUCUGCAUAGAAGAAGCGGUGAAAGCGUUCCUGAGCAGGGAGAACUUGGUGGCUGUAUUUUCUCAAGACGACUUAAACUGUGUAUCUCCAAAGGUGUUUUGCACUGACAGAGCAGAGCAGGAAGGGAAUAGCGACAGAGGUGACCAAGCAAGUUUUGGGACUUCUGCAUUGGACUGCGGCAUAGGAAUGAAGCUGGCAUCUGAAUCUGUUCAUCGUAAGCGCACAGGGGGCGGUGGAUCCGCAAAUGAUGCUUACAUGGAGUCUGGUGUGACGGAGUGCAAUUCAGAAGAGACUGGGCAUUUGGAAAAGAUAAAUGCAAAUGAGAUGGAAAAGACGCACAGAGAAAAAUGUGUAAACGAAGAAUGUAUAGAUGAGCCUUACUCUCAUAAUGAAAUUAACGAUGAAGAGAAGCAAAUACUCAAUAAAGAUGGGGAAGGCUUGGAAAAUGUACACACGUCCAAUGAAUUAAAAGGUUUGUUUUUAAAAGAAGUAGAGAUACAGUUAAGCGGUGCUGCCUCAACCAGCGAUAUAAAUUCACAACACAGCGUUGUACAACACGUUUGGCCUGAUUUAAACCAUACUGAGAAAGUAGUACCACGCUGCCAGAGUGGAGACAGACAUGGGCAGUCUUUAGGCAGCAACAGAAAGAUCAGUCUGUCUGAUCCAUAUAUUCAUGAAAGUCUGCAGACUCAGGAUCUGCCUCAAACAAACAAGACAGUAUUUCAGGAGGAAGAAAUAACAGCAAACAGUAAAGAAAAAUUAAAACGCAAAAUCUCACUGGACGCAUGCAGAGAUGGAUCUUCUCAGAAACAAUUCAGAAACGUUGCUACUGUCCUUCCCAGAAAGAUCGCCCGAGUAGAUUUUUGCCACAAAUUGUCAACAUAUGAGGACUCUGGAUCUCUUGACAGGUUUAGAAGACUUUAUAGUAAAUCUGACAAAGGGAAAUUACUGUGUCAUGAUACUCGCAUACAGAAGAAUACUAGACUUCCUCAGAGGGACGACGUUAUGUCGAGAAGUGUAUCAGUUUGUGAGAAAACUCAGCAGGAGGGUGAUGAUACUGAGGCGCAAGAAAAAGAGGAGACACAAAGCAGCAUCAAAACCCUACCAAACCUCUCAUCAGUCGCAGAGAUAAAACCAGAUUCAGAUCAGAGAAGAGGUGAAAAGUCUUUGUCAGCUAAACUUUGCCAUUUGAAACAACACAAGACCGAAGAUUCACUACAUAUGUUGAGGACGUCACAGGACAACAUCUCUCUCAGUCAUGACAAUGAUGGCGUCCAAGACAGUAACAACAAUGAGGAUCCUUGCGACGCUACACUGAGCCUUGAGCAAGUCCCAGGUGGCAGCACGAAUCCUCAGUUGGCUGAGAAGGAAGAAGAGACGACGCUGAAUGACUGGCUUCAUCAUUAUGACACAUCUGUUGGGAGGACAGUUUAUGUCAACAAAGAGACCGGGCUCAGCAGAUAUGAAGACCCAGGAACUGAAGAAACACAAGUACCUUGUACAUCGGACGUCACCAACAUGGCAGUUAGCGUCAUCUCUGAAAUGGGUAUGGAAUACAGGUGUUACCCUUUUCAGGUGGAUCUAGUGUUGCCUUUCCUGCCUAAAUCCAGACCAGAGAGAGUAAUUAGCUCAGGGCUUGAUUAUAGAGAGGACGUUGGUGAAAGCUCCAACUCCCUUUCUUCAUUAUACUCAAAAUGGAAAAAUCCUGUGUUUGUCCGCCCUCCCACGGUCGGCGUUGAUAUUUCCAGCGCACAAGCUGAAGGACUGGCUGUAAAGAUCCACAACAUCCUGUUUCCUUACCGCUUUUCUAAGGCCAUGAUUCACUCAAUGAAGGUGAUUCAUCAAGUGGAUAAAAAGUUUCUUGCAUGCCUUAUCAACACAAGAGACGAAGAGCCAGAAACCGAAGCAAAUCUGCUGGUGCUGGUGGAUCAACACGCUGCUCAUGAGAGAGUCCGACUUGAGAAUUUGGUCGCAGAUUCGUAUGAAGAUGACCCGGACACCGUGGGAGAAAAACGUCUGUGUUCAUCAGCCAUUUUACCACCACUUGAGAUCAGUGUAACAGAAGAGGAGCUAAGGCUGCUAAGGUCCUGUCAGCCACAUUUGAGGAGUUUAGGCCUGGAAGUUACCUUCUCACAGGCAGCAGAGCCCCAGGUGUUUGUGGGAAAGGUGCCGUUGUGCUUCAUGGAGAGAGAGAGUAAUGAGCUGAGGAGGGGGAGACCAUCUGUUAUCAAGCCUAUUGUUCAGGAGUAUCUUCAAGAGCAGAUUGAGUUACUCCGCUCUGCAGGGAGAGUGAGGGGAACGCUGCCUCUCACCGUUCUCAAAGUGCUGGCCUCGCUAGCAUGCCACGGCGCCAUCAAAUUCAACGACACUCUGAGCAGAGACGAAUGCUGCAGCUUGGUUGCGUCCCUGUCCUCCUGCCAGCUGCCCUUCCAGUGCGCCCAUGGCCGUCCGUCUAUUGCUCCGCUCGUAGACAUCCUUCAUUUGGACAAAGACCAGAGUGUAGCAGACUUUCAGAAACCCAACCUCCUGAAGCUCAGAAGAAUGUAUAAAGCGUGGGAACUAUAUGGAAAUGGAUAAGUGGGUGUUUUAAUUUUUUAGAAACUGUACGUUUUUAAAAGGUAUUUAUAUAGUAACAAUAAGAUUAGUAAGUACUCAAAAGGUGAACACCUAAAAUAAACAGCAAAAAAUGGUAAAAGAUA